GGUACCCGGAUGUACCCGUGGGGCAAUUAGCUACGUCAUUGUUCACCGCCGGACACCCGCUGGAAAUAAGGAAUGGAUUUACAAGAGCUAUUAGCGUAUUCAUAACAAAUUCUAGCAAUGAACAAUGACCAUAGUUGACAGGUCUUCAGAAAAGUCUGACCACGAGUCAGUCGGGUGUAAGCGCUCCCCGUUCACCAGUGGAGACGUGGGGAUGGAUGGCAGCUGUUCCAGCAGCUGGGCAGUGGGCCCCACCAUGCCCAGUGACUCUCCAAGACUGAAGGCUCCAGGAGGUUGCCUGGGGCCCACGCCUGGAGCUGCCGUCUACAAUGGCACACUCUCUUCUGUGGAUAGACCUAAAGAGCAAGUAAUAAGCGAAGGUGAUGGUAUAGACUUGCCCCAGAAGAUCCUCUUCCCUCCAGAGCGUCUCAACCUAAAGUGGACUCAAGUUCACCGCAUUGGUGCAGGCCUGCAGAACAUGGGGAAUACCUGCUUUCUCAACUCAGCCCUGCAGUGUCUCACCUACACACCACCAUUUGCCAACUAUAUGCUUACAAGGGAGCACUCCAAAAUGUGUCAUGAGCCGGGGUUCUGUAUGAUGUGCACCAUGCAAAACCACAUCAUUCAGGUUUUCGCAAACUCUGGAAAUGUAAUUAAGCCUAUUGGUGUGCUCAAUGAGCUCAAAAGGAUUGCAAAGCACUUCCGCUAUGGAAGCCAGGAGGAUGCUCAUGAGUUCCUGCGGUACACAGUGGAUGCUAUGCAAAAGUCCUGCUUAGCUGGAACCAAAUUGGACAGGCAAACGCAGGCAACCACUUUCAUCCACCAAGUAUUUGGCGGCUACUUGAGAUCCAGAGUGAAAUGUUUAAAUUGCAAAGCAGUUUCAGACACAUUUGACCCUUUUCUGGACAUUACUCUGGAAAUUAAGACUGCUCCCAGUGUCUCGAAGGCUCUGGAGCAAUUUGUUAAACCAGAACAACUGGAUGGAGAAAACGCAUACAAAUGCACCAAGUGCAAAAAAAUGGUCACAGCCUCAAAGAGAUUUACCAUCCACCGCAAUGCCAAUGUGCUUACCCUCUCACUUAAACGCUUUGCAAACUUCACUGGAGGCAAAAUCACAAAGGAUGUGAAAUAUCCUGAGUAUCUGGACCUGCGGCCCUUCAUGUCUCAGUCCCAAGGGGAGCCUCAGGUCUACGGGCUGUACGCUGUGCUGGUCCACUCCGGAUUCAGCUGUCAUGCUGGACACUACUUUUGCUAUAUUAAGGCAAGUAACGGUCAGUGGUAUCAGAUGAAUGACUCCUCUGUGUCUGUCAGCGACAUCAGGUCUGUUCUCAACCAACAGGCCUAUGUUCUUUUCUACAUCAAGUCCAGUGAUGUGAAAAAAGUCGGAGAGUACAGCCACAUGAGCCAUAACCCUGGCAUCCCUGGUCAGUCAUCACCAAGGCCUGUCGUGAUACCACGCAUCAACACCACCGUCCACCACAACAAUAUUGGCUUCAUAGGCCCCCAGCUGCCCCCACAUAUGAACAAGAGUACUCUCCACGUUAAUGGGAAUGGAUCUCUGAGGGACUACCCUACCACCUCCAAGCCCAGCACCAGCAGCAGUGUUGUGGGGAAACCUAGCCACGGACUGGCCUCCUCCUCUUCUUCCAUUUCCCACUCAAUCAGCCGGCCCACAAUGAUCCCAGACCACGACAAACGGCAAAAGCUUUCUUUCUUCAUCGGACAAGGCAAACAAAACCGCCCGUCCUCUUCAUCAGUGUCCUCCUACAGCCAGCCGUCCUCUGCCAGCAGCUCCUCCUCCAGCUCCUCGUCGUCCUCGCAGUCUACCUCAGAUGUUCGCUUUGUCCCACGUCAUCUUAAUCACAUUAACGGCACAUCUCGCAGUAAUGGCGAUCACCAUGGUGGAGGGAAUGGAGCAUCAUUCUUGGUGCCAUACAGCCAAGAGUCCUCUGAGGAAUCAGACCAGGAGAACUGUGGCGCUCUGGAUAAUGGCAGUUUUAAGUCUCACGUUAAUGGGAACAACAGAACAGCAGACAUCUUUGACACAGCUCCACAUGCCACUAAUGGGGAGACAGGAUUACAUCAUAAUGGUAACGGAUUAAAUGGAUUAACCUAUGGCAUCUCUAAAUCCAGCCAAAACGGGCACCAUUAUGGGCACCACAAAGUCAACGGGCAUGAGAACUCUGAGAUUUCUGGCAGUCAUCAUGGCAGUUUGUCCUCGGAGGGAAAUGUUGCUACUAAUGGAGUAGAUGCUAACCACAGUAAACCAAGCAGAGAGGUACAUAGUUGUGCCACAGCCCAGGCCAGUUCCUUUCAGAGUGUCCAUCCUGCUGCCACCGAAAGCCUGCCCCUUUCCACAUCUGACUCAAGGGCUAAAACUGUGUCCGAACCCUUGCCCCAGCAUGCACCAUCAUCCUCUGUCAGCUCUACGCCUGCAGCCACCAAAACACAUUCUGGAGAAUCUGCUUCCUCUUCUCCACAUCACAGCAAACCCGCGGCCUUACCUGCCCCAUCCGACAGAUCCCAGAGCACCACUGGUGCCACCACUGUUCCACCGAAGGUUAGCACAUGUGACGAUAAAUCCAAGGAUCUGACGGAAACCAAUGGUCCGGCAGCAGCAAGUGAAGGAUAUACAGCUACAAAGGAGCACCAUCAGUCCAAGCCCAGUUCAAGAGGCAAUGAAAGACAAUCCUCCAGAGACAGGGAUCGAAACAGACUGUACUCCUCUGAUUGGAGCAGAGACAGAGAGAGACAUUACAGGGACAGGAGUCAGGAGCGAGAAAGUGAUGGGGAUCGCUACAGAUCCAGGAGGGACUACCGAGAUCACCACCAACAACAUCGAUCACAUAGGGACCGUUUGCCUCAGUAUGAUCGCUACCACAGGGAUAUGGAGUCUGAGCGUCGCUGGGAGCGAACUUACCACCCAAGGGAGCGAGAUCGGGACAGGUGCUCUCACCAUUACCACCAUUACCGCCACCACCGCAGAGAGGACUGGGAACGCGAGCGGAGAGGACACGGUUACCCCUACCGAGAUGACUCUCAUGGCCGCUGGAGGUGGCAGGAGACUCGAGAGUCACGGAUGAUGAAGGACAAGAGCAACGGCAAGGACAGGGACUAUUACUAUUCAAAAGACAGCACUUCCUUGCCUGCUGUGAUGACAGAAAAUACCAGUAGGUCCAAGGCGUCGUCACCCAGAGCUUCAUUCACCACAUCUGCAUCUGCUUCCAGUAAAGAAGAACAAAAUUGCAAGACUGAAGUAGCUGUCAAGAAGGAGAGAGAUGACAGCUCAGAUGGCUAUCUUGUUAAAAAACACAAGAAGAGCAAAAAGAAGAAGAAGUCAAAGGACAAAGAUAGACAUCGUGACAGUGGAAGCUCUGAGGUGGAUUCAGACAAAGUCACCGAAACAAAAAAGAAGAAAAGAAAGAGGAGGCAGCGAGACAGCGAGGAAAGAGAGAGCCGCAAGCGAUGUCACUACGACACCCAGGACAGCAAAUGCAACAUUGAUUGUUCACCGGAAAAACGGCGUCGCACAGACUAUGCUGACAAUGGCAGCGACCACCCACUCACCUCCUGUAACGUGUCAUCCACGGCCCCUCCAAACGGUUCAUCUCACCACCACCUCAACGGAUACACAGGAAACGGUUACAGUCGAACUAAUGGCAACUCCCAUUGAUUCUCCAGCUGUGAAAUCCUACCUGUGCGAGGAGACUCGAAGACCAGGAAACGCAUCAACACCAUUUUAACAACAGCGGAGGAAUGACAUCAACAGUUUUUUGACGUGGUGCUUCUUCAUUGGAAAUAUUGUAUUUUUACCACAACUGAAGUGUUUUAAAUGUUCAGUAAUCUUUUAUUAAUGGCAUCAGUUUACUUGCCGUAAUUCUCCUAAGUAUGGUUAAAAUACUGUCAAGCAGUGAACAUUUAUGAUGAAAAAUAUUAAUAUAUACUUGUAUGAACACAAACAAAAGCCUGGAGCUUAAACAUCUCAGCUGCUGCUCAGUGGAACUCAGGACUUGAAAACUUGUUCACAUCCAUCAUGGAUUAUCCACCUGCUUUCAAAUAAGAAAGAGACAAAGGGAAAGUGUGUCGCCUUACAGAAGAACAGUAAGGCUUCACAUGGGCUGCAAGAGCAAGAUACAACCAUAUCUACAGAGCUGCAAUGUUUUUCAGUUUUUUUCCCCCCUUUAAUCCCACUGGGUAAAGACAAACUGUUGGAGGGAGAUACACUCAUGAAUGAGACGGACAGAAGAGUGCUGAGGUGGGAAAUGAGGCUUCGCUGACUGAUACCUCCACAUUACCCUGGACAGACUUGAGGACAUUUCCCAGCUUUUUUGUUUCCAUUUCGCUCUGAAGCCUAAGAUUCACUCUCUGAUUUUAUUAUUAUAAUUAUUAUUAUUAUUGUUUCUGAAUCUUUUUCACAGUUGCAGUUUUUUUCUGGCUCAUGCCUCUCGUCUCACAUUCUUUUAUUUUUUUCCUUUUUAAAUGUUUAAAAAAAGAGAAACAUCUACAUUUGUUUCCAUGGCUGUGGACCACAUGUUUGCUUUUUAAUGAAAACUACAGUUUGUGUCUUCUAGCGUCAUAAAGAAUACUGUGAAUUUAAUUUUGAACUGUACUAUCAGUUAUUUUUAUAUGUAAAACUCCUGUAUCAGGAUUAUUAGAUGUUUUGCUUUGUUUUUAGAAAAACUCUGAUUUUCGUUUUGACCAUAUUCUCUGGACAUUAUUCAUUGAGUAUGGUUUGCUUCUGUUUUGUGUUUGUUUUUUUUUCUUUUUCUUUCAACUCAAGACAGAAGUUGGAAAACUACUGUUAAACCUAGUUUAGCAUGUCAGAAUUUAUACAUUGGAUAAGGUUAAAGCCUUAAAAAUACAUUUGUUAAUGUCAGAAAUUGUAAUUUGUUGUUGGUUUUUGAUUUUGUUUAUGAGCUGCAUUGAAAUGAACAAAACAUGCUGAAUGAGAUGAAGACUGAAGAGUUGCCAGGGAUUUUUGAGAAGUUCCUGUCUGCCUUUGUAAUAUAUAGAAUAAUGGAUAGAUUGUAUUCAAGCCACUUGUUGAACAAACUUUCCACUUCGGUUAAAUGAUGUAGAUACUGUCAGUGAGCAUUUAGAAGGAUGCAAAUUAUUAACACCUUUGUAUUCAGGUUUUGUUAAAUAUACACUUUUCUAGUUCUUACUAAUAUGUAUAAGAUGGGUCAGCAAGGCGGCUCAGCUCACUUAUUUUAUUCACAACACAGUCUCCAUGUUUGAAAUAACCAAAGACCUGGUAAGUUUGGUGAGUCGGGGUUCUUCUCACUGAAUUCACAUGAACACAAAAGCUGUUUUCUGAACCGCAUGGGUUUUUUUUUUAUUAUUCCAAGUCUUCAUCAAGAGUAUUCAGGGGCAGUUUUUUUCCCCCCCUCGAACCGAGAUCAAGAUGCAUUUGAAACUUUGACAGCGUAAUAAGGAAAAAGUCCAGUCUCAAUUUCCGUUUGACAGAAAACUGCACUCCGAGUCCAGUCAGUAUUCACAUGUUUGGAAAAUCCAGUUUGUUUUUGCUUCAAGGGGUCUGUUGAACCUGUUUCUGUCCUCUCCGAUCCUCUCCUUUCAUAUAUAACUUCAUGUAUAAUCCAAUUCUCAGUAAUAACUUGGUGCGAGGAGACUUAACUGACUCACCACUGCUCUGUACGGAGCUGCACAAGGUCCCUCUUCCACUACUGUAAACUGUUGUUGAAACAAACUAAAAAGGUGAACGGGUACAGGCUACGGCCAUAAUGAUUUACAUGCUACAUAAACACAACAAAGGAAAAAAAACAGUAUGUACAUUAUAUACUAUACAUGCAUUAUGUGAAUUGGGGCUGCCUCUUUUGUUAAAUUGAGAAAAUAAAUACAGAAGAAAUGA